AUGUUGGAGGAAUCUCAGUCGCAGCAGGCAAGUUACUACAGGUUGCUGCUGAAUCCGGCAUUUGCAGUUGAUAUUGGAUCGAUGAUGUUAAGUUGGGUCAUCAUGGCCUUCAAUGAACCGACUCUUCAGCCUUAUUUGGCCACACAGUUCAAGAUGGACAGUACACAAGUGGGCGUCGUUUUUAUGGUGCAAUAUGCCAGCUACACCAUUGGCUCUCUUUCAUCUGCGAUUUUGUGCAGUCUGAAGAUGGAAACAUUUUUCGGAUUCUUUGGUCACGUUUUAACCAUCAUCGCCUACCUCAUCUUGGGACCUGCACCUUUUAUUUCAUGCGAACCAACCUUCUGGAUGGUCUACCUGGCCCAGGUUUUUAUUGGAGUAGGAACGGCGGCUCAAUUCGCUUGCCACUACAGCCACGCUCUCAAGGUUGCAGGGUAA